GCUGAUGGUGAAAUGUUCACACAGACUGGUUUCCGAUUCAACCAGCCACUGGAAGGUGUGCUCACUCACAGCAAGGUUGGUGAAGUGUCACCGUGCAAGUUUGGUCUCGAAGGUGGUCAGUGUCCUAAUGUCUGGGUUGGAAUAGUCUUGAACACAUAUUUGACAACUUUGUACUGCUACUUAAAUAAGUAAUCGACAAUGAAGGCAAAGGAAUUUUCACGUGAUAUGGGAUAAGUGUGCUUCACAAGCUCCUGCUAUGAACUUUUCUGAGCGGAUGGGAUUCCAGAUGUGUUUAAUGUGAUCUAUCUGCCACCAACUUUACUUUAUAACCUUCCCACAAAAGUUGUAAAUAUUCGCCCUUGUUGUGCAAUAACCUCCCUGUCGAGGACACAGCAAAGUGUAUUCCGUCCCACCCAACACGGAAACAGUUUACGACAUGCCUGUCACUACCAAAUAAGAAGUUAUUCCCAUCCUUGACACUGAUUGAAAUCCAAAGGACUGCCAACCAGAACCUGUGGGAUCGCUAUGGGCACAACAUUAAGUGAACCUUGCAUUUAUGACAAGCUGUCUGAAAGCAUCGACAUUUUACGGCAGUCAGGCUAUCGUUAUGGCAUGUCGGAGAGGGAGAUUGAAAAGUUCAUCAAGCAAGUCCUGGAGACAAACGAACCACGGAGGGAGCCGCCCCAGUUUCCAUUUGUCCGGGCCGCGAUUAAGUUUGUUUUGGCUGUAGGUGUCCUGGUGGUGGCUGUGCUGGCCUUCACGUACCCGCUGAACACUCGUCAGCCAGGGUCACUGGAUUCCACCAGCCAUAACUGGUCCUCUCCCCUCAGCCAUGUGCGCCUACUGUCACUACCUAUUGCCAAGAAGUAUAACCUGCAAGGUUUCCACGAGUGGUGGAGCAUCGGUGCUUUGCAGCAGGGCCUGGUGAACUGCUCAGGCUGUGCGGACCUGUCUGCCAUCACAGAGAUCUCCCACAUGCAGCCGGACUUCACUGGUGUCCGCGCCGGACCACAACCAGUGUUACUAAAGGGCGGUGAGUCCCUGAUGUUGCAGAGGCACCAGCUGGAGGAGAUGUAUGCUGCCCACGGGGGCUCCAUGAAGAUCCUGCAGGAGAACGCCGACCGCAGCCUCUCCCACCAGAGGACCUUCCCCCAGGGCCCCGCCAACUUCACACUUCUUUGGAGGUUCUCGACAGGUGCCAGAGAGAAGGUGCUGCGCUGGCUCUUCCCCAAAGCAGAGUUCUGCCACCUGCUCGACAGCGCAGGGACCAUGUUGCAGCGCUGCCAAGUCACUCACAGCACUGGCUCUCAGAGCAGGGGGGUGGAGGUCCUGGGCUGGCUGGUGGUGGGAGAAGGGCAGCCCUCAGUGCACGUGCUGCCUGUCCACCGCUGCCAGAAGCAGUGCAGCUCCUUCAACCUGUGGCUCAGUCCCGGAGACCUGGUGUACGCUGACCCGCGCUACUGGCAGAUGGAGCUGUUCCCUGGGAGAGGACAAAACAUUGUGUGCGAUGGCUCGGCUUUCUAAGGGAAACUAGCGACAAAUGACUAGGUUGGAGCCCCAUCGCAAAGUGACGAAGGUGAAUCCUGUGUUUGAAGCAGCAGUACCUUUCACCACCAACAAUGUCAAAGGAGGAGGGAGUCUGUGGUAUUUCAGCACGGAGAACGUCACAAAGGCAACCCAAACGCUAAUCAGGGAAGGCACCGCCGUUUUUUUUUUUUCAUGUGCUUCCUUUGUGUGCGAGGAGACCGCCUCUGUGUGUGUUCUUUCACCUUGAGUAGAGAUGGAACUUUGAGAGAACGAAAGAUGCCAGCUUUUGCCUCAGCCAUUUUUAGGAUUUUUUCCCCCCCACAAAUUGUUCUAGAUUAUGUUUUCUUGAGAUAUCUCAUGGGCCAGUGAUUUUAUUUCUGCCAAAAUCUGCAGUCUUGCCAUGGUCCGUCCCUCGCCAAAAUCUGCAACCAGCCAUGGUGCGCCCGCCCAGGUUAAGAUGAUGCCACACUCAUGAUGGAACAGAGCUGCUGUAGCGACAAUAAUCUCAAAAACAACACACUUCUGUGUUAUCUUGAAGACAGGUAUUCCAGAGAUCACUGGCAAUGAACAGAGCCCAUUUGUGAUGGAUCAGUUUGAUCAGAUUUGAUGGGUUUUGCACAAUCAUGAACAUGGCCAACGGUAAUGGAUUCACAAUUCACUGUAUCA